ACAACUAGUCUUUCGUAGCAGGCAGCAUGGAUGACAUGGAGCUUUGGCCAGAAAUAGAGAAAGUAGCGAUAGAGAAGAGACGUGAACUGGUUUUCCAGGGUGCAGCUUUCGAUGAAAGGAUUUCCUUAAACGGGGGGCUCUCCUCUGCAAUCUACACCCUCAAACUGCUGAAUUACCUGGAAGUUAGCCAGUGCCCGAGUUUGACAGAGAUCCACGAGGACAUCCAACGUCUGACCAAUCUGCAGAGCCUCAUCUUGUGCAGGAACAAGCUGGCCUCCAUCCCAAGUGUGGUUGGUCAGCUCAGGUCCCUGAAGGUCCUGGAUCUUUCAGCCAACAACCUCAGCGUCUUACCCGAGGGGAUCACACAGUUGAAGGAGCUCAACACCCUCAAUGUGAGCUGCAACAUCCUGGAGGUCCUACCAGACGGACUGAGCCAGUGCACCAGGCUCUCCACUAUCAACAUCUCCAAGAACAACAUCACUGCUUUCCCUGCGGAUUUCUACUCCGAGAAACUGGAUCUCCUCAGCACGCUGGUCGCCUAUGACAACUCCAUUGAACAGCUGAGUGGAGAUGUUCACAAGCUAGCUGCUCUAAAGAUGCUGGACCUGUCCAACAACAAGCUAAAGGAGAUCCCCCCUGAAUUGAGCGACUGCUCCAAGCUAAAGGAGAUCAACUUCAAAGGCAACAAGUUGAGUGACAAACGUCUGGAGAAGAUGGUCAAUGGCUGUCAGACCAAGUCCAUCCUGGAGUAUCUCAGAGGAAAAGGAAAAGGUAAACAGGGAGACGAAGGAGCUGACGCAGACGGGGGUCGCAAGGCGGACAAAGGUAAACGCCAGCAGAGGAAGAAGAAGGAUAAGGGGGCAGAGGAUGAGGUGGAGGAACUAAACAAGAUGGUGGUGAGGGUUCUCCAUGUUUCGGAUACUCCUACAGCACUCACGGUGACAGUGAGUUCAGAGGUGAAAGAUGUUCGACCAUACUUGGUGUGCUGCAUUGUAAGGGGCAUGAACCUCAAAUCUGGGAACGCUCUUAAACGGUUCCUCGUUGCUCAGACAAAGCUACAUGAUGACUUGUGUGGUAAAAGGACCAUUGCAACCAUUGCAACUCAUGAUGUGCAGCUUAUUAAAGCUCCUCUGGUGUAUGAUGUCAAACCACCUACACAGCUGAAGGUUGUUUCGCUGGGUCGGAAGGAGAUGACAGCUGUCGAGCUGAUAAGACAUCUUCAGCUGGAGGCUGACGAGCUGAGGAAGCAGAAGAAGAGGCAGAACGUCACCGGCCUGCACAAAUACCUUCAGCUUCUGCAGGGAAAAGAAAUGUAUCCCUGCCUAGUGGACUCGGAGGGACAUGUGAUCUCGUUCCCACCUAUAACUAACAGUGAGAAAACCAAGAUCAAGAAGACGACCAAGGAGUUGUUCUUGGAGGUGACGAGUGCAGCCAGCCUGCAGACCUGUAAAGAUGUUAUGGACGCUUUGAUUGUGAAAAUGGCGGAGUUGAACAAGUUCACGGCAGAGCAUCGGGAGGAGGCAGGAUCAGAUGGAGAAGGGGACGGCCCACAAGAGCCGGCUGGCAGCAGUGAGACCUCCAGUGAACUGAUCGUCCAGCAGGUCCGCACGGUGGACCAGGACGGGAACCUGAAGGUCGUCUACCCGUCCAAAACCGACCUCUGCAGCACCAUCAGCAACCUGACUGUCGUUUGGUAGUCGUUGCUGUGGAUAACCUCUGAUGUUUACACUCAUUCACAUGCUGCAUGAAGCCAGUUUAACAGAUUAACAUUGUGGGACAUUAAAGCUAAAGUUUGACAACAUGUAAAAAUAUUACAUCCUUUUUACUUCAGGGAGCACAUAAAAUCUGAUCCAUGAUUGAAGUGUUACCUGUUGACUAAUGUUUCUGAUUUAAGCACAGCUUUUUGAACCACGUGUAGUCUUAUGUUAAUAAAUGCUUUUUGCAGCUUUCUCAAAAGCAUGAUCAAUAUGUCAACAUUUGUGCAAAUAUCCUUAUUUUUGUAUUAUUUACAAAAUGAAGAAACAUUGUCUGUUGGUAAAAUGUAUCUUGUUCAAUUAACAUUGACUUAAACUUGGAUUGGUGACUUGAAGGACUAUUUGUCUUCCUAAAAUAUUGGCAUUUUCCCUUUAAGCAACAGCAAAGAAUGUCCGACUUGGACUUAAAUAAAAUAUACUCCUUCUUUCAUUAUUUUAUUUCAUAUGCCACACAAGUUUUGAUAUUUAGCUUUACUGUCUGUAUUGUAUUUGUAUUUUUGGUUUAGCUAUUGUAUCAACAGUUCUAAUGCUAACUUCAAAACAAUGUGGGAACACAAACUGCAUCACUUCAAUCCAUCAAAACGUUAAACCUGAACACAACCUGUAUGGGUAAAACUUUUCCAUAUUGGUAUUCCGAUAUUAUCAUAAAUUGUGAACAACAAAUUCACUUAUUUACACAUUUUUUUCUUUUUUUAAUGCAUGUUUAUUAAAGGAGGAAACUUUGAGAUGUACUGUCCCGUUUCCACGGGGGCUUAUAGUGCUAUGCCUGACAUUUCAUUAUGUCAACAGGUUAAUUGUCUGGAAGCUGCUCAGGUUGUAGGAUCUGCAAAAGAACAGGAAAUAUUAUUUCCAGACAAAUACUUAAACAACUGAUACCAGGUUUUAAUAGUUGGCUUUUUUAGCAGAAGUGUGCUAGACAUUUAAGAUACUAACACAAGUGUAAGCCACCUCCAGGUACUUGUAAGUGCUGUAACAAGGGUCUCCAAACUCAGAAUUGGUUGCUCUGAUAGUGCAGCUGUUUUUUCCAUUGCAUCUGUGGAUGCAGAGUGACAUGAGUGAACAACCAGGAGUAUAUCAAAUUUGAAGUCUGUAAACCUCUUUAUACUGUAUACAUUCUAUGGUGUAAACCUACAGAUAUUUCAUAAAGGUUCAAAUAAAAUCACAGCCUUUCCAUCA